ACAUCCCGGUAGCGGCCCGCAGCUGAGUCGGCACAGCCCCGGGGCAGCGCCGAGGCGGGGCCGCAUGUGACCGCGGCGGGGGCGGCUCGGUGCCGUGCCGCGGCGGGGCAGUGCGGAGCGGCGGCGUUGGGCGCUGGGCGAUGCGGAGCGGACGGGCCCCGGGCAGAUGAUGGCGAUACGCGAGCUGAAAGUGUGUCUGCUUGGAGAUACUGGGGUUGGGAAAUCAAGCAUUGUUUGCCGAUUCGUCCAGGAUCACUUUGAUCACAAUAUCAGUCCCACUAUAGGAGCAUCCUUUAUGACUAAAACUGUGCCUUGUGGGAAUGAGCUUCAUAAAUUUCUGAUCUGGGAUACAGCUGGCCAGGAACGGUUUCAUUCCUUGGCUCCGAUGUACUACAGAGGUUCAGCAGCAGCUGUGAUAGUUUAUGAUAUCACCAAACAGGAUUCGUUUCAUACUUUGAAGAAAUGGGUGAAAGAACUAAAAGAACAUGGUCCAGAAAACAUUGUAAUGGCCAUCGCUGGAAACAAAUGUGAUCUUUCUGAUAUCAGGGAGGUACCUAUGAAGGAUGCCAAAGAAUAUGCAGAAUCUAUAGGUGCAAUUGUUGUUGAAACCAGUGCAAAGAAUGCUGUUAACAUUGAAGAACUCUUUCAAGGAAUAAAAGUACUGGGAGUUGAAAACAAAAAAACUUCCAGGAUUUGCAGUUUAUCCAGUUAUCUAUUCAACAAAUUGCAGAGGAGUGUGUGAGAUGUCUGUCUGUGGGACAGCGUGGAUUCCCUCC